AUGGAGGGAUUCUACGGUGUUGAAGUGGCUGCUGGGAAGCAGGUGAGUCUCAAGAUCCCCGAGGAGCAUGCCCUCCGCCUGACCCAGCUCGCCCUCCCCGCCAACGCCAGCGCCGCGAUUUCGCUGAUUGUUUCCUUCCAGGGGAAGCAGUUCACCAUCGCCACGCUGGACCCCAAGAGGAACGUCUUCCAGAUGAGCACAGACCUCGUCUUCACGGAGCCCACGACGCUGACCGCAACAGGUGCGGGCUGCGUGCACGUGACGGGCUACGUCCAGCCUGUCGGCGACGACGUGGACAGCUUCGCCGGCCACGACUUCGACGACGAUGAGGAGGAGGAGAUGGUCCCGAAGAAGAAGAAUGGCAAGCCCGCCGCCCCCGCCGGAGACGACGAAGAGGAGGAGGAUGAGGAAGACGAGGACGAAGAGGUGGACGGCGUGCAUGCUGAGGACGAGGACGACGAGGAGGAGGAAGACGACGAAGACGA